UCCAGACUCCAAACUGUGCCCAUCGCAUUCGCGCCCAGUGCAAUCUCCGCAUCGGCCGUCGCGACCUCCGCGAAGUGCAGCUCCAGCGACUCACGGUUACGGGUCGUACAUAUAAAGCUCAUAUAUACAUGUAUAUACGACUGUUCUGCUAUGAGCUGAGCCGAGCCGAACAUCGCAAUAAGAUUGCAGGGAGGUGGUUGGGUGUAAUUUCUGCUUGUUUGAAAAAGUGACAAGUGUUACUGAAUUGAACAACGAGUCGACAAAAGAGAGUACUCGCAUUGGAUAUCAAGGGCCUAAGGCGAGGUGAUUGAGAAUUAAUUAUUGGGGAAACUAUAUACAAACGAAGUGUACAAACUACAACCGAUGGUGACAGUGCAAGCGCGACUGCGCGCACUAGCGCCCGCUGAUCGACCAGUUUGCAAGACCCAUAUCUAGUCAUUCUCCGUCUUUCUUUCUCUCUCUCUCUCUCUCUAUUUCUCUUUCUUCUUAACGAAUUGCUGCUAUUGCUGAUGAAUUGAACAGACGAGUGUCAUUUAGCUUUCGGAUGCUAUUAGCCAACGCUUGAUUAAGUGCUUCUGUUUUAUCCUAACUGUGAUUAUCCACUUCCAUACUACUGAAGUGUCGGAAUAAUUGCUUGAAUAUCCCCAGUGUUCGGAGCUGGAAAUAGCUGGUUUUCUUCUUUGCUCUUUCUAACUGUCAGUCUUGAAAAAACUAUCAUUUUCAGUUAAUUUGACGCUCAACGACAGGUGCCGAUUUCUCUGUUUACUUUCAUGUUUCUUGGAUAAAUUUCUUUUAUAAGAUUGCAUGGCUAAAUUGAAGUGGUGAUAUGCAUUUAUCAAGUAUUCAAAAUUUUUGUAAUCAAGAACCAACCUGUCAAAGUGACAUGGAUCAACUACUUCACUUUGACCCAGGUCUUUAUGAAAAAUGGUAAAUCUAACAGAUUGAUUGACAGCAACUGCAACCAAACAGCUAUAGGUGCCAUCCAUUCUAAGAGAAGCCGUGGCACCUUUAUCUAGGCUAAGUACUUGCACCCUUGGAUUUUCGAUAUGGGUAUGCAAGGGUGACCGGAGUUAUGGGAUGGGGCCAGAGCCCCAUGGAGUUCGGGUAAACCCGUCUCCAACUAAGCCCCCCAGCCCUCUCCAGCAUUGUUAUCGCCACUGCUCCUGCCAAAGGCACAGAGGACUCCCUCGAACACGAUGGAGGGCUCCAGUGCUUUACAACCCAAAGAAAGAGAGUCACGUGUACACAGACCAUGUGCUUUUGACAAGAUGGAAGGGUUGGUGCGGGAAAUGCAGGACCCUGAAAAUGGGGUACCAGUUCGAAGCCAAAAGCUUUUUCUUACCUCGAUUCCAUCAGCAUUCAUGGGAUAUGACCUCAUUGAAUGGUUGAUGGAUAGACUAAACAUUGAAGAAUCAGUAGAGGCAGUCCACAUUGCUAAUCAACUCUGCCAAUAUGGUUACUUCUUCCCUGUAAAUGAUUCUAGAACUCUUACUGUGAAAGAUGACAGCUCUCUUUAUAGAUUUCAGACUCCUUAUUAUUGGCCUUGGCAGCACAAAACUCCCGAUAAUGUGGAGUAUGCGAUUUAUUUGGCAAAACGUACUUUAAGAAAUAAGCAACGCCAUGGUCUAGAAGAAUACGAACUUGAGGCACUAAGUACCCUGAAAAAUAAUUUGCAAAAAAAAUGGGAACUCAUUCAGUUGCAAGCCGAUGAACAAGUGCGCUUGUCUAAAGAUCGAAAAAAAGGUGAUAAAAUCGUAAGUGAUUCUCAGGAACGUGCAUUCUGGCGAGUGUAUAGACCUCCGCCAGGAUGUACGAGUAGUCUUGAAAUGAUGCCAAUACCUAAUAGAGCACGACCUGGAAUUGCUCGUGCUCCUCCUAGAAAACGCACUCUCAAUGAUCUACAACGUGAAGUAAUUUUUAUUCUUCAGUUUCAUAUAAAAUUUAAAAAUUCAUAUCGAUCUGUUGUAAUAAAACAUUUUUCGUUCGCUCAUCUCUUACAGGUUGAACUACUACGUAGCAGUGUUACACGAACUAGAAUUAAAGUUUCUGUUGCAAUCGAAAGUUUGAAAACGCAUUUUGAAACAUACAUAGAAUACGACCCUAUGAUAACGCAACCUUUACCUUCUAAUCCAUGGAUCACUGAUGAUCAAACAUUCUGGCAGCUGCAUAGUCCUUUAGUUGAAAUUCCGACGGAAAAACGGGUUAAAAGAUGGGGUUUAUCAAUGGAAGAAUUAAUGUCAGACCCGACAGGUUUACAAGAGUUUACAAAUUAUUUGAGGAAAGAGUAUAGUCAUGAAAAUAUUCGCUUCUGGCUCGCAGUAAAGGAUUUGAGGCACAGCAAUCAAGCUAAAAUUAAUGACAAAGUUAAUGAAAUAUUCAGGGAAUUUUUAAAGCCGGGUGCACCUUGUGAAAUAAAUAUUGAUGGUAAAACAAUGGAAAAAGUUCAUCAAGAAAUGAAAAAUCCGACUCGGUUCACUUUUGAUUCAGCUGCUGAGCAUGUAUAUACACUGCUCCUCAAGAAAGAUUGUUACCCACGAUUUAUUCGUUCAGAUCAUUAUCGAAAUCUUCUCGCUGCUGGAGUGCAACCCUUGCAAAAGAAAAGAUUUUUUGCCUUUGGCGGCCAAGGUAAAAAAAAAAUUUCGACGUUGCCCGGAAGUAUGUCACAGCAACAUCAACUACCUCAACAGCAGCAGCAACAUGGCAUAGGUGGUGUUGGCAGACGUCGAGGAAGCGACAGAAGCUUGUCUGGAUCUGCUCACGAGCUAGCCAUUUGCGGAGUGCGUGAUACUGCAGCAGGUCCUAAGGUGCCGCAUUCCCAUAGUCAGUCGAAUCUAACUGAUAUUCCUUACAGGGAAGUUUCUAUGCCGAAAGAUGAUGUCUGCCCUUGGGAUUCUGGAUCUCCUCAGGCAACUGGUAGUUCAACUGGUACGGUGCCUCGAGUGGCCUCGGCCAGUUUCAGCCCUCCAACCGAAGCAUCGGGUCCGAACCUUCAGUCUGAAUCACGUAUGCCACGAAAAAAUCCAUCUCAACCCGAUUCAUUUAGUUCCUCUUCAGACGUAAGCAGUACCACGCCUGAUAUCUCAGAGCGUUUACAACGAAAGAUCAGUCCGUCAGUUAAGUCUGAGAUCAAGCAAGUAUAUCGAAAUUAUUCGGUGGGUUCGGCCCCGCUCGGAAGCGGCCGAAGUUGCUCAACGGAAAUGGCCCACUUGGCCAGCACUGCAGCUUGCAGCAGUACCUCGUUUGACUUAUCGUUUGUGCCAGAAGGUGCGGCGCUAACUCCAUUACCAGAAUUAGAAUUAGCAUCAGCGCCCUGCCUUGUUAACAUCGUGCCUGAGGAAACAAAGCAAUCGCCGCGUUUUCGCACGACAAAGGCACCUCUUAUUAGCAUUAGUGCUAUUGUUGGGGAGCCUGAAGAAGAUUUAGAAACAUUGUCCUUGGACCUCGAAACGCAUGAUACGAGCAGUGACUACGCUCUUAUGAGCGAUCCUCUAACGCAGGUGCAAAGUAUCGAUGAAGAUAAAACACUUGACUCCUCGCAACUUCCAACCGAUACUGAAAAACCAUGUAUAGAAGAUCAAGAAAAUAUUUCAUCAGAACAGCCAAAAGCUGUUCAGUCAACGCCACAAAAGGAUAAACCUGUUGAGCCUCAGUCUUCGGACCCAAACAAAGAUGUCUCCGCUGAUCAACAAAAUCCUUCAUUGCAACAGGAGCAAGACAAUAAUGUUAAUGAAGUUUGCCCCUGGGAAGAUGAGGAAAACUGCCAAGUAGAUGCUCCUUAUGUUAAAACAUAUGCUACUUUGGGUUAUUUGUAAGUUCUGAUCAGUCUUGUUAAAGGUUCUUGCAGGUCCUAACGCGUAUAAAUGUUUUAUUAUAACAAAAUCACUUAAACAGCUCAUUAUCAGUUGUUUAAAACUUAACUAAAUAAUUAGUUAAUGAAAAAUUGAGCUCAGAGUAAAAUUGCAGCAAUAUUAUAAAAAUGAAUAUUAGUAAUUGAAUUAGUGAAUUAUUUUAUGGAAAGAUUUGAAAUCGUUAAAACUUUACAAGUACACAAUUAUGGCCUAGCUAUCAAAUGAAAAUGUAUCAGUACAGUAAUAAAUUAAGCGGUAACUUUUUUGUUUACAAGUGUAAAAUGAAUUUUACUUUGUUUGAAUUAUUUUAUUUUUUAAGUUAUCCAAAAAAAUUAGCCUAUUAACGAAAAAAAUUUAAUUUUAUCUUAAUAUCUAAAAAAUAUUGAUAAGGUAAUGACUAAAUAUCAUGUACUCACGACACAAUUUUUCUCGACUCUAUAAUCUAAUAAUAGUGAAUUACGCUUAAACAAUCUCCGCACCGAUUACAUAUAAUUGCAUGGACAUACAGCAAUUUCAGUAGGUAAAAUAUCUUAAUGGUAAUGCAGAAGCAUUUUAAACUAACAAUACUACGUAAAUAUAAAAAAUAUGAAGGUAGCAAAUGAAAAAUAACGUAGCACAUGCAUGUUUAAAAAGGUUUAAAAAGGUUUAAAAAAAUUGUCUGACAUUAUUUACAAUGAACUCAAAUUCGUUGAAUGCAGUUCAAAGGAUAACGUUGAUAAUGAGCCCUUCAACCGAUCCCUUGAAACGCUUUCCGUAAGUUCUACAAAUUUCUGAAUAAUAGUUGUUUUCAUAAACAGAGUGUUCCAAAAAUAUAAAUAAUAUAUAUCUAUAUAUAUCCUUAAAUACCUUUCUAAGAUUUGAAGCAAGAAUGAAUUAUUUUGAUGAAGUUUUUAUGAUUUGUUUUGACAAAUCGAAUGAUCUCGACUUCAAUUUUUUUAAUGUAAAAUAGACGCUGAAAAAAAGUAAAUGAUUUUCUAUCAUUAGUUAAAAAAUAGUAGAAGAAUAUUCGUAAAAAUUCUUGGAAUAAUUACCGUUCGAGUUUGAAUUUCACUUAAAAAUGAUUUUUUUUUCAUCGCUUCUUCACCUGCGAUGAAACAUCGAUCUAAAACUUUAGAGAAAAGUUAUACUAAUCUGAUAUGUACACGUCACUGUAGGGUCUCUAUUCUUUUAUGACCAAUUACCAAAAAUAUUUGAUUUUGUAUUAUUGACGUUUUUCCAACAAAGUUAUAUGUUAAUUUUUAUAUAUUUUUCGCAGACUACUACAGUUUUUGAAAAAUAUUGCAUAUAAAGACUGUCCGUUAUUUCUCGAUUAGCUGUAAUAUUUGAUCUAACUCCUUGAAACCUCAUUUUUUUUUAUUGUAAUGAAAAAAAUAAUAAUCCACAGAUCUCGAUAGGUGCUGUCUCGAUCCACACGUGACUCAACUCAAAAAGUUUUCAUAAAAUUUUGAAAAAUUCAUCCAUUCUUUAACUAGUUGUAAGACUCUUUAAUUCUUAGACAUUUUUUCUAUAAGAUUGUUCUUUUUUGAGAUAAGAAAUCGUAAAGAUUUGAACGUGAUAAAAAAAAAUUCAUGAAAAAUCCAAGUUCAAAUAAAAAUACGUUUUAAAUCUUAGCGAUUUUUCAUGCUUAUGUAUGAAUUUUUCAGGAUUUUUUUAUAACUUAUUUGAAAAUGACUCGUGUUUUUUUGUCUUGUGGCGUGCGAUAAACUGCGUCUAUUAAGCUCUGAUUAUUUAAUUUCAUUAUAAUUAAAAAGAUGAAAUUGCAGGGGUUAAUAGCAAAUAUUAGAACUAUACGGGAUAAGCGCACAUUCUAUUGCAUAAUCAUACUUAGAUCUUAAUAUGUAUACUGGCUAUACAUUUAUGAGCUUAUCCUUUUGCAUAUACUGUAUACUCUUUAAGCGGGUGGAUUGUAUAUGACGUUAAAAGCUUAACUAUUUAUAGAAUUUUAAUAUAAAAUACUUAAGUUACAGAAAAGUUAAUAAAAACUGAGUUUUAGAAACUUUUCUGCUCUUAAGAAUACGCGUCACUUUUCCAUGACCAAAAUAAAAUUGGUACUUUUGUUUUAACGAGCGAAAAUUAGCUACUUUUAUCCAUUUAGGAAAAAUAAAUGAUGGUCACACCUGUUUCAAAUGCGUGGUAAAUUACUGUUGGCAUUGAAAAGAAAUAUUCGCCAUCGGAAAUGGAAUCUUUUGAAGCAAUGUUGUAGAAAUUAUAAAUAUCAAAAAGUUUUUAUCCCUGUUUCAGCGUUUAGGGGUGCUGCUUAAUUAUAAUCAUGUACUGUUAAUGAUAUAAUCGUUGUGAACUUUGAUGUGAUUGGUGGGAUAUUUAAGGAUUUUUGAAAGAUGCGUAAAGCGAACCAAGUGUGCCUGUCGAGUUGAGUUACUUUGAUUUUAAAAACUUAUAAGAUCCUUCAUAACUAAAAUCCGAGUAAUUUUUGGGUACGAACUGACUUUUUUUAUAAGAAGCAACUUACUUAAUGAAAAAUUAACAGUACGGUGCGAUUAUUUGAAACCAAUUAUUUACAGCGAUAUCAUUAUAAAUUCAAAAUUCAUAAUCACAUCUAUAAAUGAAGUGUAGAUGCUAGUUCACGAGUUAUGUUUAUGUAGAACUCAGUACAAGUUGUCUAAUUAAUAGAAAGACGAUUCUCUUAUAAGUUACAAGGUGAGCUGAGGAACUAAUGAUUUUUUCCGUACAUUAGUAUUGAAAUAGCCCAAAUAUUGCCCACACGUUCUUAUCUUAACAUUAAUACACUUAAUACUCAAAUUUCUUAGAGAGAUAUUUAUAAGUUCAUAUUACUUGCUGAUGCAUACUAUUAUUUUUAAAUUCACAUUAAUAAAUAAUAUUUGAGGUAUGAAUAAUUUAAUCAGAAGACUGAAAAUGUACCUGAAUGCGACAAAAAUGAAUUAACGGAGUAAAUGAACAACAAACCACUGUGAAAAAACCAUAAAUCUUAUUUUCCUAUUAAAAUAAUUUUUCGAUUAUUCUUUCAAUUUA